AUGCCACUCCAGAAAUUAUCCUCAUUAUGUGAGAAUAUCUUGAUACAAAAUUAUCAACAAUUAUCAUAUCUUGGUGAUACAAGAUAUGAAUUAAUUAAAAAAGUUUUAGGUAGAUUUAAUUCUCAACAAUUGAUGGAUUUGGAAAGAAAAAAUCCUAAAUUAUUAUUAGAUGAUGAAGAAACUUGGUUUAAUUUAGUUAAAAAGGAAUUCCCACAGGAUUUAUCAACAAGAUUUACAACAAAUUAUGAAAAAAUUAAAAAUUUUUAUCGUUUCCAAUUAGAUGAAUUAAAUUUUAAUUAUAAUGAAGAAAUAAAUUUAGAUAAUUAUAUUCAUAUUGAAAAAAUUGAUGAAAGUAAUAUACCAAAAUAUAAAUUACCUUCAAAAUUAUUAUAUUUAAAAUAUAAACAAGAUUAUAUUAAAAAAGAAGAAUUAGCUAUAGUUAAUUUAAGAAAUCGUAUGGCAAAAUUAUCAAAAGAUAAACAAGAAACAAAAAUCAUUCAUAUUGAUGAUGUUAUUGAACCAAUACCAAGUACUAAGAAAAAGCUAAAGAAACAAUUACCAGAACGUUCAAAAUUAUUUAUGAAAUCUGUUAAUGAAAUUAAAUAUAGAAAUUCAUUAUUUAAGAAUCCUUUAGGUGGUGAUGAAAAACCAAUUAUUAGAGCACCAAAAUCAACACCAUUUAAUACACCAAAGAGUUCAAUAAUAAGGACAUCUACACCAAGCUUUAACCAACCAACAUCAACAUCAACAGCUCCAAGUAUACCAACAUCAAACCUCAAACCAAGUCCAAAACCAAAUCCAAUACGACCUUCACCACCUAAACCAAAAAAAUCAUCAAUAUUUAAUAUAUCAAGAAGACCAAGAAAGCAUAGAUUAGAUCAAUCGCCAAAACCAUCACCACCAACGCCACUAGAACCACAACAACAAUCACCACCACGUAAAAAGAUCAAUAUUAAUGAAUAUAAAUCAAGAAAAUUGUGA